CGCUGGGAGCCCGCAGCCCGCAGCCCGCAGCCCGCAGCCCGCCCUGGGCUCCGUCCGCGGCCGCGCUGAGACAGUCUCCCCCACCCCACCCCACCCCACCCCAGCCCAGCCCCAUCGCCCUGUGCUGCCCCGCGACUCCUCUCUCCCAAGUCGACACUUCGAAACCAUAACAUUUUUGCGGCGGAUUUCUGCAAAGAUUUCUGUUGCAUGGAAUGUGUGAGAUUGCAUUUUCAUGCUUUUGUUCCUUCCCACUCUCGUUUCCAAAGGCUUUGUGUCUUCUGUCUGAGUGCCUUCGUUUGGCGGCCAAUGAUUGCACUGUGUGUUUUUUACAUGCUGCAAUUUCUAUUUAGUUCAUCUUGAUCAAUGAAGAGGUGAAAACAAAGACUGAAGAUUUAUUUCUUGCAGGACAUGUAUCGGUGCUACAUUUUACAGUGGGAAAACAGGUAGUACUUGGAAUGUGUCAGGAUCCUUGGAAGACAAGCUGAUGUACUGCUCCACUUCCCUGCUGGGUACAGAAAAUGACCAGACUGAUGUUAGGGAAGACUUUGGAAAGAAUAUGCAAAGCAGUGCUCUUGCUGUGUCUAGUGCACUUUCUUAUAAUGACGAUCUUCUACUUGGAUGUCUACACCCAAAGGUUCGACAUAUUCAGCCGUUUUAACAGUAGGAAUUACUCGAAGAUACAUCAGUCCUUUAAUAUCUCAAAGCCCAAUGGGACCUCACUAACCAUCGUGGGGGGCGAAGAUCAUUUUGUGUCAAGCAGGAAGUUGGAAAGUAAUCUCACAGUCACAAAGAAGCCUUUACCGUUGUGCCCUGAUGUUCCACAGGGGUUAGUUGGAAGACUGUUGAUAGAGUUCAGCUCGCUGAUGACGAUGGAGAGAGUUCAGCGGGAGAACCCAGAUGUACGAGAGGGAGGCAAAUACACACCUUCUGACUGUAUCGCAAAGCAACGAGUUGCCAUCAUUAUUCCAUUCAGGCACAGGGAACAUCACUUGAAGUUCUGGCUCCAUUACUUGCAUCCCAUUCUCCGCAGGCAGAAAAUCAACUAUGGCAUUUACAUCAUAAACCAGCAAGGUGAAGGCAUGUUCAACAGAGCAAAGUUACUGAACAUUGGCUACAUGGAAGUUCUGAAGGAUGGAGAGUAUGACUGCUUUGUAUUCAGUGAUGUGGACUUAAUCCCUAUGGAUGACAGAAAUCUCUACCAUUGUUACGACCAGCCACGUCAUUUUGCAAUCGCCAUGGACAAAUUUGGAUUCAGGCUCCCAUACAGUGGCUACUUCGGCGGUGUCUCCGGACUGAGCAAGGAGCAGUUUUUAAAAAUAAAUGGCUUCCCAAACGAAUACUGGGGCUGGGGCGGUGAGGAUGAUGAUAUUUAUAACAGAAUAACGCUGAAAGGUAUGAAAGUGUCCCGACCAGACUCCAGGAUUGGAAAAUACCGAAUGAUAAAGCAUGAACGUGACAAGCACAAUGAGCCCAACCCCCAGAGAUUUACAAAAAUCCAGAACACAAAGUUAACGAUGAAGCAAGAUGGCAUCAACUCCUUAAAAUACAAACUGGUGAAUAUAACCAAGUACCCGAUGUACACAAACAUCACAGUGGACAUUGGCACUCCACCACCUCGGAUUUCAAGGGGAUAGCAGGUCACACUGUUCUGAGGCAAAGACAGUUUUCCUGGUAUUCCUUGCUUCAUUGUAGGCAGUCUUUCUGUCUGUUAUUCUCUGUCUUUCUCUUUCUCCAAAGAAUUAUGGUGAAUAAAGCAUAAAAUUAAGAUAACUAACAAAGCAUGUGGAAGUGAGAGGGAAGAAAAAAAGUUCUCUUACUUUAAAAGAUUGCUGAAAUGCUGCCUUCUGGAAUUGAGAGAUGUAAACUAGACAAGACCAGGUUGUACUGAUCUGGGACGAUCUAUUCUUUUAAACCUCUUUUAUUUGUGUAAAAUGAAGCUCUGUACAAUCUCUUUAGUACUGUUAACAAUAUCCUUGACUGCUUUGAAGGUGGCUUCCUCUAACAAAAAAAAUCCUUGCUGUAUUUGUAUCUGGCUCACUGGAGUACCGUUGCCACCAAUUUUGAGGCAGAUUCCUUUAGUUGCCAGUGAGACCUUACAUUAUAAGAAAAUGUGCCUGCAAGGUCGUUAUGGGUCACAGCUAUUUUAACUCUUUGAGUGCUGAAUAUUCUUUGCAGCUUUCAGAUUCAUUGUAUGCUCAUUUUUUUCUACCAUAUAACAUAAGGGUUUCUUGUAAAUUUCUAAUAUUGAAUGUUACAAAGUUAUUAAAAUGAAAUCAUUAAAGGAAAACACAAGCAAAAUCUCUGGAUUUACAACAUUUGAUAAAUAAAUAGAAAGAA